AGCAGAGUGCAGGCCACCAUAUUCAAUUACAUAGCAUUUCAAACAGAGUGCAGGCCACCACAGUCAUAUCCUGUAUGUGACGGUUGAUAGGGAGGAAGGUGAGGACAAGGGGGACUUAAAGAAUGUUCCUUAAAGAAUGAGGACAUCUCCGAUGCCCUGGUAUGGAACAUGUCAUCCUGGGCGCAGAUGCAGCAUAGACGGAGGAAUUGGCGGUAGAAAUUGGGAGUAGAUAGAGUCUUCUCAGUCCGUCUUAACCUAACUGAUCUCCCGGUGGUCCAGCACUUCAACUGCCUCUCCCAUUUCCAAUCUGCCUUUCUGUCCUGGGCCUCCUCCAUUGCCAGAGUGAGGCCCAGCGCAAAUUGGAGGAACUUUUUCUUUUUCUUUUUCUUCUUAAGCCCUUUGCGCCUCUAUGGAGCAUAGGCCAUUGACAAAUUGGAGCACCUUAUAUUUCACUUGGGUAGUUUAUACCCCAGCGGUAUGAACAUUGACUUCUCUUACUUCAGAUAGCCCUUGCUUUCUCUCUGCAUCCCCUUCCCCUUCCCAGUUCUCCCACUCGUCUUCCUGUCUCCACAUAUAUUCUAUCUUUGUCCCGCCCGCUCCCCUGACAUCAGUCUGAAGAAGGGUCUCGACCCGAAACGUCGCUCAUUCCUUCUCUCCAGAGAUGCUGUCUCACCCGCUGAGUUACUCCAGCAUUUUGUGUCUACCUUCGAUUUAAACCUGCAUCUGCAGUUCUUUCUUACAAAUAAAACCGUCCAAUCACGUCCAAUCAUAAUUAUUCAAAAAUAUUUGAUGUUGGCAGCUUAUAUCUUCAUUCAACCAUAGUAAUAUUUGUUUUUUUCAAUGACUCACGCACUUAAUUGAGUAAAAACAAAACUUAAAAUCUAGGAAAACGAAACCAUCGAAAGUUAGACGGAAUUUAAUAUACUGACAGGAAGGACACUUCCUGGUUGCAUGUGCUGCAGAUCUUUAACUGUGAGCCUUUUAAACGAACAGCUAGAGACUCUGCAAAACUAGCCUUGUCCAGCGUUGGAUUUACUCAGUGGAUCCACAACACCAAGACCCAGCUGGAUCUAACUUAAAAUGGAUACAAGGGAGGAGGAUGCAGCUGGUUCGACCAAACAGGCAGAUGGAAGAAAGAACGAUGAAUAUGCCAGACCCAUCCAACGGCUGGAUGACAAGGAGACUCUCUUUAUGUUACUCGCUCUACACAUGGAGGAGUCCCCACUCUGUGAGUCUCCAUUUUCUGAACCACGUGGUGAUCAGGUGAUCAAGAUGAAUAAAACUGGGAUUGUCAUGUGCGAGUCCAAUUCCCUCCAGCGAAUCGUGGCAAUGGACUGCUCUCGGAAACAGCUACAUGCCGUGCAGCUCGUCAUCAUGCACCUGACAACAAUGGCAAACGGGUGCAAUGUGUACCUCUCCAGGAAACCCUGCACUGAAUGCGCAAAAUGUCUAGUUCAAGGCAAGACUUAUACUUUACAAAAUCAUUGACUUCAGAACAGUUCUUUUCCACUUUCCCCCUCCCCAAAGCUCCUGGUGUUGGCUGUCGAAAUGAAGAUAUCCUUGAUUCUGAACCAAGUGCAUUUGUUCUUUCAUAUAAUUGGGAAUGAGGAUUGUGAGGCAAUUCUUAAGGUCAUGAGUAGCACACAUGGGAGACCUGGACAAUGAAGAAGGGUCCCCAACACCUGCCUGCCCAUGUCCUUUCAGAGAUGUUGCCCAACCUGCUGAUGUUACUCCAGAAUUUUGUGUUCAAUGCAAGAUUCUAGCAACUGCAAUUCCUUGUGGCUCAAGAUCAUGAGAUUGAUGCAGAUGAUAGAGUGACUUAGUCAUCGACAAUUAAAUCUCACUUCCUAAUUAUUGAUUAAGCGAUUGUCUGUGAACAAUUGUCAUAGAUCUCUCAUUCCCACAACUCACACAACAAUCCAUACCAAGCAUUUGUACAGACACCCAUCCCUGCCAAGCUUUUCUUUAAACGUAUUUCAAAUUAUCACUGUGUAUUCUCGUACUCAGCCUUUACCUUACUGCCUGGUAUUUAUGUCCCCACUCUCUCAGGUACCCCACCAUCGUAUUUACAUACAGUAGAACAUAGAUCACUACAGCACAGGAAUAAGCCCUUCAGCCCACAAUUUCAAUGCCAAACAUGAUGCUAAAUUAAAUUAAUCUCCUCUCCUUGCAGGUGACCCAUUUCCCUCAAUUUCUUGCAUGUCCAUGUGUCUAUCUAAAAGCCCAUUUGACAUCCCUAUCAUAUUGGCUUCCAGCACCACCGCUGGCAACAAAUUCAAGGCAUCCAUCACUUUUGUGGAAUAAACCUGUCCUGCACGUCACCUUUAAUAUUUCCCCCUUUCCUCUGACAUUAUAGCUAUGUUCUCUUAUCUUUGAUAUUUUCAUCCUCAGAUAAAGGUCCUGACUGUCAAGUCAAUGCGAUUCUGUCUACCAUAUCACUGCCAGAUUCUCUCUACCCUAUCUAUUCCAAGUUCAGAAUGUCUAACCUCUCCAUACCCUUUUGACUUGUUUCUUUAUCAAGUUUUUUAUUGACUUGUU